CGCCGUUGUGGGUGUGUGCCAAUGCUAGGAACCAUCAUCGAAAAACACUUGAGAUAAGCACGCAGGUACCUUCAGCCGAUUCCCGGGUAUCAAGAGAAGCAGAGCCUUCUACGGUCAUCCACCAGCGAAGACCAGAGUGCCUCCCAGAUGAGCGGCACCCGGACCUCCGAGAAUAGCGCCAGUGGUCCCGGCUUGGAGGACCACCCAGGAAGCAGCUCUUCCCUGAGCGGCCUGACUAAGGCUCAAGAUCUCGGUGCGGCUCGACGCUCACCUCGUUCCGUUGGGGCUCGCAGGAGAAGGUUCUUGCGCUACGGGAGGAUGCGCGCAGACCGGACGGGCAACUUCUUGCUGUUCUGCCUGGCGGGCAUGACGCUCGCAGCGCUGUCCUGCCUCGUCAUCUUGGUGAUGCGCCGCCACAACAAGACCAUGCUCUCACUCGAGUGGCGCUUGGCGAGCGCCCUGGUCAGCCGCAUCUAUCGCGGAGACUGACCACGUCGAGCAGCUAUUGCGAGGAACGCACGGGAAACGGCGACGACUCCGAUCAUUGUGCGGCGAACCGGAAACUAAACAGCGCAGAAGAUGAGAAAGAGGGAAGCACGACUCAUCCAAUGCCCGCAUGAGUCUAACAAAACUGUAUUGCAUUUCACUACGUUCCCGUGUAGGCAUGCAGCAACCGGCCUACGUCGGCACAUUACAGUUAUGCACGUUGUACCGCUUACUUGGUGGCGAGUAAAUCGACACUUCCCUAGAAACAAA